CAGUGUAGAAUCAGUUGCUGGUGUCUAGAAGAAGACAGAGGAAUAAGAAAAGCAUCAAAUAUUCAUAUUUUAGAAGCUGGAAUUGGCACCAUAUCAAGGAUAUUAAAUCUGAGGCAAUGACAGUGAGCCAUGCUUUCUGAGCAAACAUAUCUGGGAGAUGUUCCUUCUCUUUGUCCACACACAACUUACACGAUAAAUGCAGAUAUCGCUCUGGGUCAAAAGUCUGCAAAUGGAGACCGGGACUGUGUGAAGGUUCAGGAUGAAUCAACCAAUGAGAGUGGUGAGAGAGAAGUGAGUGCUGAUCAGAGGAACUGGAUCCGCCCUGAUUUACCCAGCAGGUGUACCUGGAGGCUGGGUGCACCUCUUUCAGAGUCACCUCAUAGCCACCCAGCAUGCACCAAUACCUCCAGCAUCCUGCCCAACAUCCUUGGGAAAAUUGGACACACACCUCUGGUUCGUUUGAACAAAAUCCCAAAGGAGUUUGGACUCAAGUGUGAUAUUUUGGCCAAAUGCGAGUUCUUCAAUGCAGGAGGCAGCGUGAAAGACAGGAUCGCCCUGCGGAUGGUAGAAGAUGCUGAGAGAGCCGGGAUCCUCAAACCAGGAGACACCAUCAUCGAGCCCACCUCUGGCAACACGGGUAUUGGCCUUGCGCUGACCGCAGCAGUAAAAGGCUACCGAUGCAUUAUCACCAUGCCCGAGAAGAUGAGCAUGGAGAAGGUCGAUGUGUUGAGAGCUCUCGGGGCAGAAAUAGUGCGCACACCUUCUUCUGCAGCUUUUGAUUCACCAGACUCUCAUGUAGGAAUGGCUUGGCGUCUAAAGAACGAGAUCCCCAACUCACACAUCCUCGACCAAUACCGUAAUGCCAGCAAUCCUCUGGCUCACUAUGAUACCACAGCCGAGGAGAUACUGGAGCAGUGUGAUGGUAAACUGGACAUGUUGGUGGCCGGAGCUGGCACAGGCGGUACACUUACUGGUGUUGCUCGGAAGUUGAAGGAGAGGUGCCCCAAUGUCAAGAUAGUAGCUGUGGACCCUGAGGGCUCCAUUCUGAUUGAGUCAAAAGAAAAGGGUGAAAAGAAGACUUCUUUUGAAGUGGAGGGCAUCGGAUACGACUUUAUCCCCACAGUGUUGGACAGAUCUCUUGUUGACAUGUGGUAUAAGUCAACUGAUAUGGAGACCUUCUCCAUGUCACGCAAGCUCAUCAGAGAGGAGGGUCUUCUGUGCGGCGGGAGCUCUGGCUCAGCCAUGGCAGCAGCAGUGAAGAUGGCUCAGCAGCUUGAGGAGGGACAGCGCUGUGUCGUCAUCCUGGCCGACUCCGUCCGCAACUACAUGUCGAAGUUCCUGAGUGACAAGUGGAUGUGUGAGAAGGGCUUCCUCAGCCCAGAGGCUCCGCUGGAUCUCAAACCCUGGUGGUGGAAGAUGACUGUCCAGUGUCUGCACCUUACUGCCCCCCUCACUGUGUUACCCUCUGUGUCCUGCCAGAAAACCAUUGAGAUCCUUCAGGAGAAAGCGUUGGACCAGGCUCCGGUCGUUGAUGAGUCAGGUGGGAUCCUGGGGAUGGUGACUCUGGGAAUCAUCCUGUCCUCUGUGUCGGCUGGGAAGGUCAAACCCUCAGAUGCUGUCAUCAAGGUGCUCUGCAAGCCUUUCAAACAGGUGCACAUGACAGACAACCUGGGAACGCUGUCCCACAUCCUCGAAACAGACCACUUUGCCCUGGUGGUGCAUGAUCACACCCAGUAUAAGGCUGAUGGGUCAUCUUGCCAGAAGCAGAUGGUGUUUGGCGUUGUGACGGCGAUCGACCUCCUCAACUACAUCACCACACAAAAGGGGCAGGAUCGCUUGUCGUCUGAAUGCUCGUUGUCAGAAACAAUGUCUAUGUCACCAAUUUCUGUAUAAGACUACAUACUACAUCUUGAUUCAUUGAGUUUGGUAGCAGUAAUAGGUCCUCUGUAGUAUUAAUGUCUAACAUUAUGAAAUCAGCUCUUUUUUUGAGUAACGUUUAUUAAAAACUACAAUGCCCAGCUGCUGGAAAUUAGCUAUCCUUUAAAUAAAUGUAACUAUAUAUUUUAGAUUUUUGUUUUACAAGAUUUACAUCUUCACUAGGAGCAAAUGAGUUUAGGGUCUGAGUGCCACAGAGUGAGUAGGGAAGCCAGUAAGUAUUCAGAGAAUAACACAGUGUUGGUUUUGGAUUUUAAUGGGAUUUGUUGACAAUAAGGACAAUGUAUAAAAACACCAGCCUCACCCCUUUAAAGACUUAAUUUGUUCAGACUACACUAGAUUAUGAUUUUGUUUCUGGUAUCAAUCAUCAAAAACUUUACAUUGAGUUUACCUUGUAGCUCUAAUAGGCAGUAAAGCUAAAAUCUUAACUCAAGGUCCUCCUACUGGCAGUGUAAGAUGUGGACGGCCUCCUUGAUCUUUCUCUUGCUGUUCACUGACUUGUAGUCGAUGAUCAAUGCCGUGAUUGGUUUUGGUGUGAUGUUUACGUACAAGCAUUUUUUAUGGGAAACUUCAUUAAUUUAGGUUGUAGUUAAGCUUGUUACUUUUCUGCAGCUCAGUAAAGGGGCGGGUGGAUAAAGACUUCCAUCUAGUGGCUGAAAAUCUCAACAUUGUGUUUCUAAUGACAGGAAGACCUUUUAAGUAAAUGUAGUGUGAUAGAACUUGACUAUCCCUGACUCAUGUCCUCCUUUGGCCUGUUGUUACCAUGUGUCUCAAUAGACCACAGGGGGGCAGUAUUAACUCACUGCAGGGUCAGAGGCAUCAUACUAGAAGUAUGUGUGUGUAACUUUGUGUACAUUGCCGGUGCAGCUCUCUGCUGAAACCUUUCUGAAUGUUCAGUUCCUCAUGAGAAGCAUGAGUUCAGUGGGUCGUGCUGCCUUCAGUCAGUAAGAGCAUUUAUUCUUUAUUAGUACAACUGGAUGUUUCAGCACCUCCUGGUUUGAUGUGAGAAGAGAGUAAAGAGGCAAAACAUUUAAAACUAUUCCCACAUGAAUGUAACAUUGAUUUAACAAAUAAAAUUCAUAAAAAUAGUAACUUCA